UAUAACUUUGUGUUGCCGCUCCUGGUUGUUAGGAGAAGGAAUGUGGAAGUCGGCGGAGAGGAGGGCGACAGGUUGCUCGAGGGAACGGCGGCAGCUCCAGGGUUUCUCUUCCGCCGCUGGUCCGCCGCUUGCUUUCUCUCCGGGGAGGGAGCGUGCUGCCAACGGUGGGGUUUCCCCCCUCAUUUUAAUGCCGCUUCUGCUACUUAAAGUGGAACGACUCGGGAACGGCUCCAAAAUCAAGAAUCCUGCAGCAGCAGCAGCAGUAGAAUCGGCGCCUCGUUUUCCUUCCGUGCAUUUGGAGCUGGAUUUUCCGCCUGCCCAACGCGCCCGGCUUUGAGCUUCGCCUUCCAGACCGCUGCUUCUCGCUUGCUCCUUUCGUUCGCCCUGCCUGCUUGACCUCUCGCCCUGCCUUUCCCCCUUUUUUUUUGGCCGACGCUUUUUUUUUUAAAUGACUUGAGUGGUGGUGGAGGGGAACUGUCAAGAUGGCAGCAGCAGCGGCGGCAGGAGCGAGGAGGUUAUGAAUGUGGUGGUGUUGCCGCCGCCGAUGCUGGAGCGAAACCCCGGCAGCCCGCGGAGGACUUGGGUUCCCGGACCUGUUGGAAGAUCGGCGAUUGAACUUGUUUGAAUUCUCCGCGUCACUUUCUUUUACGCCGAGGGAGAAGAUUUAAAAGAAGGAGAAGGCAGGAGAAGGACGGGCGUUUUAAGUUUUCCUCUCCUUGUUAAAAAAAAAAAGGGGGGGGGUGGCUUCUCUUGCCCGCCGCCCUUCACCGCUUUCGGAUUUCUUUUCUUGUCUUUUUCGGAGGAGGAAAAGAGAGCGAUCCCAAAUGGGGAAGCCGCGAUUGGAUGGGUGUUAAGGCUUCGGUGCUCUCCGUGAAGGUGCUGGGAAGAAGGACUUGUAAGACCGAAGGCGCCCAUCAAACCAGCAACAGAGAGACUCGCGAACAUCUUUUUUUUAAAAAAAAAAAAUAAUGAUGCUGGGGGUCGUGUGAAUGGGGGGUCUCUUUAACAGCUACAGAGCGAUGCUAUUGGAGGACUCAGGCGCGUAGCGAAAGAUAAACAAACGCGCGGGCGCAGAGCCGCGAUUUGAUUCCAAGCUCUGCCGUCUUUGGAAAUGCUUCCCAAAUCGGUCAGCCUCAAAGGGCAGCGGAAAGAGAGCUGACCUGGAACCCGGAGAGUCCCGGAUCGCUUGCGGAUCGCCUUAGAACUUUUCCUUUCUCCGGCGGGGGAGACGGGCGAGAGAGAGAGAGAGAGAGAGAGAGAGGUGGCGGGCAGGAAGGAGGAGGCGGCCGGACCUUGAAUGGAGAGCGGCGUGCUUGCCGGAGCUCGCUAAUCUCUAGCAGGGAGCUGGGUGAGGAGAAGAGACCGGAGCGUGGAUCGGGUUUCCGUCUGACAGCGGGAAGGACAGAAGGGAUCGCCUCAAAAGCGGGGGGAGGCCAAGAUGGCUGAAGUGUCUCCCCCCGCGCUCUUGUCCCCUCUGGACGUGGAGUUGGACCCGGAGUUCGAGCCCCAGAGCCGUCCUCGCUCCUGUACGUGGCCCCUGCAAAGGCCCGAGCUCCAAACGAGCCCGGCCAAGCCUUCGGGAGAUGCGGCCGCCGACGCAGCCUCCAUGAUUCCCGAAGAGGACGACGACGCUGACGACGAGGAGCAAGGGGGCACCUCCGCCGCCACUGUCUCCGGCGGCGCCGGCGACGCUCUCGCUUCGGAAGACACGGCCCGUCUGCUGGUUCCCUUCUCCGGACUGCCCGGGGAAGGAUCUGGCGCCUCUGCGUUGAGCGGCGGGCAGCAGCCUCAGCCAGUAGCGGCGGGAACAGCGGCCGCGCCGCGAAAAUGCUCGUCCCGGAGAAACGCGUGGGGGAACUUAUCGUACGCGGACCUGAUCACUCGCGCCAUUCAGAGCUCGCCGGAGAAGCGCCUCACCCUGUCCCAAAUCUACGAGUGGAUGGUGCGCUGCGUGCCCUACUUCAAGGAUAAGGGCGACAGCAACAGCUCGGCGGGCUGGAAGAACUCAAUCAGACACAACUUGUCCCUUCACAGUCGAUUCAUCAGGGUACAGAAUGAAGGAACUGGGAAAAGCUCGUGGUGGAUGAUCAACCCCGAUGGUGGGAAAGGAGGGAAAGCACCACGCAGACGAGCUGUAUCGAUGGACAACAGCAACAAAUACACAAAGAGCCGAGGACGAGCAGCUAAGAAAAAAGCAGCCCUUCAAGUUGCCCAGGAGACAAGUGACGACAGCCCCACCCAACUAUCCAAGUGGCCUGGUAGCCCAACCUCCCGUAGCAGUGAUGAACUGGAUGCGUGGACAGAUUUCCGGUCUCGUACCAACUCGAAUGCCAGUACAAUAAGUGGCCGCUUGUCCCCAAUAUUGGCAAGCACUGAGGUAGAUGAGGUGCACGAUGAUGAUGCUCCCCUUUCUCCCAUGUUGUACAGUAGCUCACCCAGCAUGUCCCCAUCAGUGAGCAAGCCCUGUAACGUUGAGCUGCCUAGGUUGACUGACAUGGCAGGCACAAUGAACUUGAAUGAUGGCUUGACAGAUAAUCUUAUGGAUGACCUCCUGGACAAUAUAACCCUUCCCUCUUCCCAGCAGUCACCCACAGGAGGUCUCAUGCAGAGAAACUCAAGCUUUCCAUACGGCUCCAAAGGUUCAGGGCUUGGUUCUCCAUCCAGUAGUUUCAACAAUGCUGUGUUUGGACCAUCAUCUCUGACUUCUCUCCGUCAGUCUCCCAUGCAAACCAUCCAAGAGAACAAGCAAGCUACAUUUUCUUCCAUUUCACACUACAAUAACCAAACUCUGCAGGAUCUGCUGGCUUCGGAUUCACAUAGCCACAGCGAUGUCAUGAUGACUCAGUCUGAUCCACUCAUGUCACAAGCUAGCACCGCUGUAUCUGCCCAAAACGCCCGCAGGAAUAUUAUGCUUCGGAAUGAUCCAAUGAUGUCGUUUGCUGCUCAACCAAGUCAGAGCUCUUUGACCAAUCAGAACCUGCUCCACCACCAGCAUCAAUCCCAGAAUUCCUCUCUCAGUGGCAGCCGUGCCUUGUCAAAUUCUGCCGGUACUAUGGGCUUAAGUGACACCAACCUUGGAUCAGCAAAACACCAGCAACAGCCACCUGCCAACCAGUCUAUGCAAUCACUUUCUGACUCCCUCUCAGGCUCUUCUUUGUAUGCCAACAGCGUGAGCCUUCCGGUCAUGGGGCACGAUAAAUUCCCCAGUGAUUUGGAUCUGGAUAUUUUCAACGGGAGCUUGGAAUGCGAUAUGGAGUCCAUUAUCCGCAGUGAACUCAUGGAUGCAGAUGGAUUGGAUUUUAAUUUUGAUUCCCUCAUCUCAGCCCAGAAUGUUGUUACACUGAAUGUGGGAAACUUCACUGGUGCUAAGCAAGCUUCAUCACAGAGUUGGGUUCCAGGCUGAAGGAUUUAUGCAAAGAAGGGAAAAUGGGCAAAGCAGGCCCUUCAUCCAACAUGAAUCCUAAAGAAAAAAAAUCCUUGCCAAAAUCAACUGUCAGCAAAGACAGGGAUAUCGUUUACAGCAUUUGUGAACCCUGCAUUCUUUUCCUAAUGAAAACAGAGACUGUUAGCGAGCCCCAGAACUUGAGGAAAGAACUGACUUAUCUGGAACUGAACUCAUUUUGAAGUAUGCAAAUUUUUCUUACUGUAGGGUGAUCCACCACCAACUUGAGGAUAUGUUGGUUCAGCCACCAUUCUGUUUCAGAACACUGUGUAGCCUUUACAGUAGUGUGCUUGUCAAUCAGUAUAUGGCGUUCCAAAAUGGUGAUGGGUUGCAGGAUGCUUUUAGGUUGGCUUUUGUUCUCCUAAGGUUUCCCCCCCCUCCAGCCCACCCUUCUUAAGGUGUGAGGGAUGCUUCCCCCCCCUCUCUGUGUAAUCCUUUACUUGUCCCCUUCUAAUGUGCCAAUUCCUCAUGAAAAUUAAAUACACAACAAUAGGCUUGAAAUAUCAACAGCACUUGAAUACCAAUACAGUUUCCAGCUGUGUUAAACUGUUGCAGCAACACAAGUGACAGUAUGGUGGCACUUUAAAAACUUAGCAAAUUGGGUAUAUGACAUGGGAGAGUGAGGAAUGGCAAACAGUAAGGGGGAGAGAAAUGCAAUGCAAGAAGCACCAAUGCCCUCUGCAUUUUGUUUCUAUCUUCAGGAUAGCCUUCCAGGUAUGCAAGGACAGAGGAUGUCAUGAAACUUUGCUCUUUAAGAUGCCACUGAACUUUUUGUGAACUCCUGCAAUUGUUAAGAGUACAACCAACCAGAUGAAUUCAAGAGUUACUUUGAAACUUAAUGUUUAUAUUUAUUUUGGUGUUUUAUGUGGGGAUUGGCUAGCUAACUCAUUAAUUCUCAACCAGUCCCUACAACUCCUCAACCAAAUAUUUUCCUAAUCUUGUACGUGUUUCUUUUUACUUUUGGUACCAAGAGAGGGUGGAUUUUACCUCACAAAAUUAGCCACCACUAAUGUUGCAUCCUAACCAAGGUUCAGUUGGUGUGAGGGGAAAAGGGCAUUUCAUUAUGGGGAGUCAGUAACUCUAUCUAAAUCUAGUCUAGGGUUAUGCAAGCAGUUUUGCCCAAAUGCUGCAGUAAAUUUUUGCUUUUUUGUUUGUCCCUCUAGCUUAGCAAUUGGCCAAUCUGAGGUGCAUUGUUUACCACUUGCCAAAUAUAACCACAUAGAAGGCAACGGCUUGCUUUCAAAUUAUUACUCUUAUUAAUAAUAACACAAAACCUAAAAGAAAAAAAAUGAGUAUAUUGCAUGAGAACGGAGUUUUAUGUAUCUGUAAUAUCCAAGGCUUGGAUGAUUUAUUUCAUUCAUAAUCAUUUAUUCAUCUUUCUCUUCCUUAUUCUUUUCCUCUUGUGAUACAUGGUGGAAACUGGAAAACAAAGGUGGUUAGGAAGGAGACACAGAGAGGGAAAAUCCAUACCGAGAGCUUUUCAUAGGAGCGUAGAUUGUAACUGGAUAAAUUCCAUUGAAAAACAAAGUAGUUUUUAUAUAUUUUGCUUAUAGGGAUUUCUUUUUGUAAAUUUAUAUAGUAAUAAUGACUGAAAGUUAUGGUGCUGUGCAAGUCCUGUUUAAUUACUUUUUAUUGGUAUUUUUCAUGUGAAGGUGGGCAAAGAAGGGAAGAAAGAAAUAGGGGGAAACCUGAUGGUACGUUUUAAUUUUUUUUUAAUGGCGUGAAGACACUUUGGCUUAGGACAACAUAUACAUAUUUCUCCAAAGUGAUAUAUGAAGAACUUUUUUUGGCAUAAAAGCAGAAUGCAUAUAAAUAUAUAAAUAUAUUUUAUUAUGUACAGAAACAGAUCAUUAUGCAUGAUUGUUAAGAGAACAGACUAGCAUUUUAACCCAAAGUUUCAGUGCAUGAGUUUCCACAAGCACGUGAAUCAUGUACCUGCGUGGUGUGAUUCCUCUCAGCCACCACCUUUCACUGCGCGCGCACAUGCAGCCAUUCAAGCACAUUCACACACACACACAUACAUCGGUGGGCCCCAUAUUGCUCUUCUUUUCCAACUUCUGAGGUAAUAUUGGUGAAAUAACAGCUCCUUGUGUGAUGAAAGUUUUGUUUUGUACUGUAGCUGCCUCCUCCUCCUCGUGCUGCGCUAUUCUCUAGGUCAACACAUGAAGUCCACCAUGCAGUUCAUAACUUCAAAUGAUGACAAUUCUGUGCUGUUGUGGUUCUAAAUAUCUCAUAGAAUAUACACUUUCAGACUAGUUAAAUGAUUUUUAUCAUUUUCCAAAUAAAUACAGACUAUUUUUUUAAUAAUUAAGGUGGUAUAUUUGUCUAUGGCAGGGCAUAGUUUAUCAUGUUUCUUUAAUUAUAUAGAACCAAUGUGUGUGCUUGUUCUUCACAUUGGAAAGGGCUUCCCUGAAAGGAAUACCUUAUAAAAAUGUCAUCUGUUCCAGGGGCUUAAGAAAAGUAUUGACUUAUCUUGAGAGACUCAGUUACAGGUACCUAUUACCAAAGCUAGUUAAGAAUGUGCUCACAUGCCUUUACUAAAUAUGAGUAUCUGGCACAUCAUUAUAUGUGAAUUAAGCCAAUGAUGAUAUUUUGGGGUGUUUGUUGUUAUUUUGUUCUUUGAAAUGGAAAUGUACUUGGUGAUGGACAAUUUAUUUCCAAGUUUCUGUCUUGUCUUCUCAACAGAAACUCUGUGCAUAAAAAAACAAAAAAAAUCCGGUACUGUAUAAGUUUAUGGUUUCCUCUAUUUUGACUGGGUUUCCUUUCAAUACUUGAAA